UGAAAUUUGACGUCAAAUAAUUUAUUCCGUAUUCGGACCGCAAGUUUUCAAUAUUCAUUUUGCAUUGAUUUCGUUCUUUUAAAAAUCAGAGUUUCAUUGAAUUUUUUGUGGCCAUUAGGAUUACAGCCGAAAUGAACGAAAUCUAUAGUCAUCUCCCAAAUAAUAAUAUGAAAGGAAUAAUUCCAACUCUGUGUUCACUAGUGCUCUUUUCGUGCCUAUGUCAAAAUGUUACAUUUAGUGAAGUGCCUCUUCGACAACAAAUGACCGGUGAAGUAGCGGAUAUAACGAAACAACAGCCGGAAGAAUCGGAAGAGGUUCCAAAUGGUUCUGAGGACUCCGCCGAGUUUAAACUAAAAAUAAUGCAUAGGGCUGAAAUUGGGCUGUCAAUGGUGGACGCACUAUUCACCAUCCAGGAACUGAUUGAAGAACGAGUCUUACCUCAACCGAAGACAGAGGAAGACAUUUUGGAAAUCGUCAAGCGACUGCUGGAAAAGCUCAUCCAUCCCAACGACGAAAGUCAGUACAAGAAAGUAGAGGAUGUCAUUUCCCGAGCCCUGUUCGAUGUGGAGAUGUCAGGCGGCCGGACAAACGGCGGUGCUUCGGAGUUUCAGAAAUUGAUGUGGCUUGAACGGGCGCGACAUUUAAACGGCGAGAUUAUUCUACUAAUGGAAGGCUUGCUUGGCGAAUCAGUGGCCGGCGCUGAUUUAAUGAAUAUUAUCAAGGAAAAUCUCAAAUGCAAUGUCACACGGAUGUCUGAAAAAAUGAACCGAUAUGAUAAUCUGAUCAAGACCGGACUGAUGGCCUUCAAUCACUUCGCCGUUCUUGGACAAAUGCCCAUAAUGGAAGUAAGUCGUAGGAAGGCAGCUUUCAAGCAACGCAAUGGCAGAGUGGCGGCCCGGAAUGCAGAGCUCUCCGAGGAGUGUUUCAAGUUUCACACGAAAUUCAAAGCGACACAGCUAAGAAUCAAGUAUCCCGAUCAAGUGGCAAACGUUCCCUCCGUUCUCUCACACGCAAAACACGACGGAUAUUAGUUGCCGUCUAUAUAUAAUACAGCUUAUACACAACAGAAAACGGACCAAGAAUCUAUUCCCUCCUUUAAUUUAAAACCCACCAAAACUCACAAAAUCUAAAUGUUUUGAGAGGCGCAAUAGACAAUUUUUUCAUCUUCAUGCUGUCAAUUCAGAAUCGAUUGAAAAUAUUUCUAUA